AUGGUGAGUAUGUGUCUUCUUCGCUCUCUGCGCCAGUGUAUCCGUCGCCAUCCUCCCGGGGCCCUUUCGCAGGACUCGGGAGUCCCUGCUCGGGGAUGGAGCGAUGUGCUCGGGUCCUCGGAGACUGCGGAUGGCGGGCCGAAGUGGAGCAGAAGAAAAAGCGAACCUUCCGCAAGUUCACCUACCGUGGCGUGGACCUCGACCAGCUGCUGGACAUGUCCUAUGAGCAGCUGAUGCAGUUGUACAGCGCCCGGCAGAGACGGCGCCUGAACCGAGGCCUGCGGAGGAAGCAGCACUCACUGCUCAAGCGCUUGAGGAAGGCCAAGAAGGAGGCGCCACCCAUGGAGAAGCCGGAGGUCGUGAAGACCCACCUUAGGGACAUGAUCAUUCUGCCCGAGAUGGUCGGCAGCAUGGUGGGUGUGUACAACGGCAAGACCUUCAACCAGGUGGAGAUCAAAGUGAGUGUGGUCUGGGGGUGUGACCGGGCGGGUGGCUGCCCGCGGCCGCAGCUGCUCACACUUACUCACACUUGCUGCUCUGCUUACUCUCCCCCUGCAGCCCGAGAUGAUCGGCCACUACCUGGGCGAGUUCUCCAUCACCUACAAGCCUGUGAAGCACGGCCGGCCCGGCAUUGGUGCCACCCACUCCUCCCGAUUUAUCCCCCUCAAGUAGUGGGGACAAUAAAGACUCGUUUUCAGCCCUGGAUUCUGGUUUUUCCUGGGGGGGUUGGGGCUGGUCCCUGUGCUUGGAACCCGGAGCCCUUGGUGGCUGUCGCUCCUUCAGGAUGGAGGUGAAUGGUUACAUGUAGC